AUGUCGCCUCAGGUUUUGCGCGCUUCUGCGCCGCGAAUACUUCCCGCCACGUCGGCUUCACACCAUCUUCACUCCACUGCUGGAGGAUCGCGCCUUUCGCGCUCGUCCGCCGCUGCUGCGGGAUGCGCCGCACCAUCCAUCGCAUCACCCGCCGCACCACCUGCAGAAUUAUUCUCCACAUCAGCCGCUGGUGACUCCUGCGCAGUAGGAGCGGCUCCCCCUGUCGCCGCCGCACCUUCUGCUGAUGCCUGCAGUCCGCGUGAGCGCUCUUUUUCUCCCCACGGCAAGCGCGCCGAGUGCCGCCGCGCGCCACGACACAGACACUCGCGCUCCUUUUCCGGAGACUUCCCCUCUUUUCACGCCAUUGCGCCCAGGUCACCCGCCAAUUCCGUCAUUCUCGCUUCCAACAGCCCUCGUAGCAGCGGGCCCCGCGAGGACCCCGCGGAAACCGCCGCCACCCCCGGCGACGGAAACCGCGGCCCCGCUUCUCCUGCCCCCGGCGGAGAUUUUACCGCCCGCAGCGGAGGCACAGCGAACGGCGCACGGCUUUCUGCGCAGCGACGGUCGCUGCCACCUGGAAUGAGCGUCGACGGCGGGGUUGGUCUGGGGGAUUUUCCCCUUAUGGGUGGAUCAAGCGGCAGCGGUCUUGGGAACAGCGGUGCUGACGUGGCGUUUCUGACGAGCCAGUCGCCGCGAAUCGACCUUCUACGGAGAUUGAAAAUGGAAGCGGCUGUCGCGGCAUCGUCGUGCGAUUCGCCUUCUUUUUUUUCCCCGUCGCAUGCCGCGGCGUCGACGAAUGCGCGCGAUUCGUUCUUUUUGUUCGAGCGACAAGGAAGCGUCGGCUUGCUCAGCGACGGAUCGUGCGACCUCGGCGACGACGGGAGCGGGAGCUUCUUUUGUGUCCCUGCGAAAGGAUCCACUGGCGAAACCUUCAGUAACUUGUUUCGCUUAAAGGGCGUAUUCGGGAGCAGGGGCAGCGGCAGCGGCGACAGCGGCAGUUUCGGAGGCGGGAGCGGAAGUUUUAGUAACGGUGGGGGAAGCGGAAGCUUGAACGGCGGGGGGAGUGGGAGCUUCAGCUGCGGGGUUACUGUUGCUAGUACCAACCUGGGCGGCAGGGGCGGUAGGCGGGUGAGCAUAUCUGAGGAAGAUUUUUGGGCGGCGGUCAGAUAUUCUGACGAUGGCGAUUCUCAACCCGGCCCUCCAACCUAUCCUUCCCAUCAUUCCCAUCCUCCCUAUAAUCAUUCCCGUGAUUUCCAUCAAAUUGAUGCAAAUACUCAAAUUCAUCAAAGACCUGCUGAGCUCGUUCCGCUUCAACGCGUCACGUCUAUAACGGUCAUAGCUAGGGCGGCGUCGCCCCUAGUAGGACCUCCGGGCUCGGCUCUCCCCACCCUUCCUGCCGCGGCUGCUGCUGCCGCUGGUUCUGCUGAAGAUGCGAUUGGCUGUGACGGCGCCAACGGCGGCGGCCGCGGCGGCGGCGGCGGCGACGGUGCUGAGGGCUACGCGAGUUUCGUCGCGGCGACGAAUUCUGUCGCCGCCGCGUCUGCUCCCGCAUCCCCCUCGUUACCAGUUUCUCCCGUCGACGACGUGCCUGCCGCUGUCUUCCUCGAAGCUUCCUGCAACCCGGCCGAACCGCUAACUGAUGCCACGUCAGCAGCAGCUGAACCCUUGCAUUCUACCGCAGAUGCGGCCAAAGCCACCGUGAUCAGCAGGUCCAUCGCCACCGCGCGGUUCGCCACGUCAACAUCGACAGGCAGCAGCAGCGGAAGCCACGUGUCAAAUAGCACGUGGGCCACCGCCGUGACUAAUCUAAGCCAUGAGUCGUCAAGCAGCGAGAGGGCGAGCAGCAGACUCGGCGGCGUGCUUGACGGCAGAUUUGAGAGCGAGAAUGGCGGCGGAUAUGUGAAGGGAUGUAGCAGCGGGUGUGGCGGUGACACGUGGACGGGUGCUGAGUUGUCAUCCGCCGAGUCGUCGCCCCGCCUCUCUCCCUCGAGUCCGGGAUUCUUUUCACCAUCUCGUCGGAGCUUCAGUCACACGCAAGAUCCGUUUCAGCACAACUCUUUACACGGUUCGUUGCACGAGGCAGGGGAUGACGAGGUGGGAAAUGAUACGGACGGAAUUGAGAUCGGAGCUGUGGAAUGGCACCACUCGCAUCGAUUCUAUAGCGCCGGCAAAGGCAGUGAGGUGCUGCUGCGGGGAUGCAGCAGGGUGACUACAGAGCUGGUAGUAGCUCCGCUACCCCGCCUGUGGCUGGUAGUAGCUCCGCUACCCCGCCUGCGGCUGGUCAAUGAAGACUCUUCUUCACUCACUGUCCUGGCCAAGGACGGGUGCGGAGUGGGGAACGAGCAGGGCUCUGCGGAUUGGACAGCGCAGGGGCUGUGGCGCGGAGGGGAAGCGCUGUGGCGCGGAGGGGAAGCGCUGUGGCGCGGAGGGGAAGCGCUGUGGCGCGGAGGGGAAGCGCUAUGGCGCGGAGGGGAAGCGCUGUGGCACGGAGGGGAAGCGCUAUGGCGCGGAGCGGAAGCGUGA